GAACAUUUCCUUAAUUCGAUCUAAAAAUUCUCUGAAGAAAAAAAAAAAAUCUAAUGGAGAAGUUAGCGAGAAGAUGGCGGAGAACUCGUCGCGACGACGAAGACGAAGAUGAUGAUAAACUCGUCCUUCCUACUUUCGAAGACAUCGAUUCUCGGCCUAUUGAUACGCAAGAGCAAGAAGAGUACGUCAGGUCGCUCGAAGAAGCUCACGCUCAGCAAAGUCGCCAGUGGAAGAGAGUGUUCGCCGUUCUUCUGGUUUGCUACGGAGCUUUCCUAUUCUACUCCAUUUUUCAGCAGUUCAUGUCACCGUGGGAGCUGCGGUAUCAUGCCUACUUUAUGGAAGAUCUUAACUCGUGGAUGGUCAUUUCAGCUGAGUGGAUUGCUAUCAUGGCUUGCUGCCUCUCAAUUGUCGGGCUACUAGAUAAGAAGAAUGAUCAUAGACGGUGGUUCUUGUACUCUUGUCUUCCUGGAUCUGCAUUGACCAUCUUUUGGCUUUACUACUUACUGAGGCUUCCGAAGUUCCGGUGGGAUGUUAUCUGGCUUCCAUUUGCUCCCCUCUGCGGAGCUGGAAUUUGUUUAUACGUGGAUCAUCUACUGGAGGAAUCAUCUGAAGAAGUGAAAAAACUAAGGAACUAUAUGUAUGCAUAUAAAGCAAGGUAGAUACCAAAGUCAUUCCAAUACACUUGAGAGUAAAUCUGUAAUGGCAACAGUGCAAAGUUUUGACUCUUUCUUUUGUGCUAAUACUAUGUUUCUGAAUAAUCUCUCA